AUGGAACACUGCAUCGGCAUCCUCAUCGAACCGCUCUUGGGCUUCUUCACCAUCUGCACCGAGGUGGCCGCCAUCUGCCUCGACGGCUGCCUUCAGACGUGUCGUGAAUCAUGUCGCUGUAUCGGCUGCGGUUCUUCACUCUGCCGCCGCCGCAGCAGCUACGACGAUGACGGCGACGAGGAAGAAUCUCGCCCCAUCCUGCAGCAGACGCAACCAUCGGCACAGGCUCAGGCGAGUGUUGACGGUGCAGAAACUGCACAGCCAAAGUGGAGCUCAAUCAAGACGCUGCGUGGCGAAAGUGGACGUUCGUAG